AUGGACAGCGAUGAGGACACGCUGGAGGAGACCGUGGAAGGGCUUCUGGAUGAUGAUGGGUUGCCACAUGGGUUCUGUACAGUCACCUAUUCGUCCACAGACAGAUUUGAAGGAAACUUCGUGCAUGGAGAAAAGAACGGCCGUGGCAAGUUCUUCUUUUUUGAUGGAAGCACACUGGAAGGGUAUUAUGUCGAUGAUGCUCUCCAAGGCCAGGGACUCUACACAUACGAGGAUGGGGGGGUUCUUCAUGGCACGCAUGUGGAUGGAGAACUUAAUGGACCUGCCCAGGAAUAUGACAUUGAUGGACGACUAAUAUUCAAAGGGCAGUACAAAGAUAAUAUUCGACAUGGCGUGUGUUGGAUAUAUUACCCGGAUGGAGGCAGCCUUGUAGGAGAAGUGAAUGAAGAAGGGGAGAUGACAGGGGAAAAAAUAGCCUAUGUGUAUCCUGAUGAGAAGACUGCACAUUAUGGAAGGUUCAUAGAUGGAGAAAUGAUAGAAGCAAAACUGGCAACUCUUACAUCUGUAGAGGAGGGAAAGCCACACUUUGAAUUGGUACCAGGCAGCCCAGUAUACAGUUUUGAUAAAUCUACUUCAUCUUGCAUUUCUACAAAUGCACUUCUUCCUGAUCCUUACGAGUCAGAGAGGGUAUAUGUUGAUGCAUCUCUCAUUUCCAGUGCUGGCGAAGGAUUAUUUUCUAAAAUAGCAGCAGGAUCGCGCACGGUUAUGUCCUUUUACAAUGGAGUGCGAAUUACACACCCGGAGGUGGACAGCAGAGACUGGGCCCUCAAUGAAAACACAAUAGCCCUGGAUGAUGAAACAGUCAUAGAUGUGCCGGAGCCUUACAACCAUGCCACCAAGUAUUGUGCCUCGCUGGGGCAUAAGGCCAACCACUCCUUCACUCCUAAUUGCAUCUAUGACCCGUUUGUUCAUCCUCGUUUUGGGCCAAUCAAGUGUAUACGCACCAUCAGGGCUGUGGAGAAGGAUGAAGAACUAACAGUGGCUUAUGGAUAUGAUCACAAUCCCAUCGGGCAGAAUGGGCCAGAAGCACCAGAAUGGUACCAGGUGGAACUGAAAGCCUUCCAGGCUGCCCAGCAGAAGUGA